AUGGCGUUAGACACAAUAGAUAUCGGAGUGCUUGUUGCUAUUGGAAUAAUCAGUUUGACAUACUUCACCAAGGGAAAGUUGUGGUCGAAGGGCACACUAGCUGAUCCGUUUUCAUCUGAGAAUACCAACUUGAUUAACUCAAAUGGUUCUGAUGGAUCAGAUUUAGUUGAAAAAUUAAAGUCAUCAAACCAUAAGGCUGUUGUGAUUUACGGUUCGCAAACUGGUACCGCCGAAGAUUACGCCUCGAAGUUCGCCAAAGAGUUUCAAUCCAAAUUCAAGAUUUCCACUUUGCUUGUGGACAUUGAAGAUUACGAAUUGAACAAUCUCAACGAGAUUCCCAGGGAUGUGUUGAUUUUCUUUUUCAUGGCCACUUAUGGUGAAGGUGAAUUUACAGAUUCGGCAGCUGAAUUCGGCGAGUAUUUGGAAUCAGAACUAUCCGAAACCUUCGAUGAUGAUGAUGGUGAUGAAAGUGAAAAAUUAUUGUCAAACUUGAAUUAUUCAGUUUUUGGAUUGGGUAACUCUACAUAUGAAUUCUAUAAUGAGGUUGGUAAUAAAGUCAACAAGAUAUUAUCAAAAAAUGGAGCAAAAUUAGUCGCACCAUAUGGACAAGGAGAUGAUGGACAAGGUUCAAUGGAUGAGGAUUAUUUAGCGUGGAAAGAAAAUUGUUUCGAAUCAUUGAAAAAUUCAUUAUCAUUAGUUGAACAUGACUCAACAUACCAACCUUCAGUUUCAAUAAUUCCAACUUCUGGUGAUUUUGAUAUUAGUAAAGUAUUUCUUGGUGAGCCCGAUAAAUUCUACUUGAAUGAAAAUGAGGAUUCUGACUCGCUUUCAUUAGGACCAUUUGACCACACUCAUCCUUAUUUGGCGCCAGUUUCAUUUUCGAAGCAGUUGUUUUCAAAGGAUUCCAACCGCCAUUGCGUUCAUGCUGAAUUUGAUUUAUCCAAGUCCAAUUUACGAUAUUCAACUGGAGACCAUUUAGCAUUAUGGCCAUCGAAUCCAGAUCAAGAAGUGCUAAACUUUUACAAGGCAUUUGAUUUAAGUAAAGAAAAAUUGGAGAAACCAUUUGAUAUAAAACCGUUAGAUUCAACUACAAUCAUCUCCUUUCCCACACCAACAACUAUGGAGGCACUUGUACGUUAUCAUUUGGAGAUUACUGGAUCAGUUUCAAGACAAUUUUUAAAGUCAAUUUCCAUUUUUGCACCAAAUGAGGAAUCAAGGAGUAAAGCCAACUUACUAUCGAGCAACAAAGAGGAAUUUUCCAAUGAAAUCACAUCAAAUAAAUUGAACAUAUCAGAUACUUUAUUAAAGAUUUCCAAUAAUGUUGCGUGGACGAAAGUUCCAUUUGAGUUUUUAAUUGAGUCAAUUCAACAUAUACAACCAAGAUACUAUUCUAUAUCAUCGUCUUCCUUAUCUGAAAAGAAAAUUGCACACAUUACAGCGGUAGUAGAAGAGGAAACUACAGCGGUUAAAAAUGUUGUUGGAGUUGCUACCAAUUUAUUAUUGAAUGUUGAGGUGAAUCAAAACAAGUUAAAAAAUGAAGAUAGUUUAGUGAAACCAUUAGUGACAUAUGAUUUGAAUGGACCCAGGAAUAAGUUUCAAGAUUUCAAAUUGCCUAUUCAUAUUCGUAGAUCAACAUUUAAAUUGCCAGUUAAACCAGGCACUCCAAUAAUUUUAGUUGGACCAGGAACAGGAGUUGCGCCAAUGAGAGGAUUUGUUCGUGAAAGGGUUCAGCAGUUUAAGAAUGGGGUCAAAGUUGGAAAAAUAUUGUUGUUUUAUGGAUGCAGAAAUUCAAAUGAAGAUUUCUUGUAUAAGGAAGAAUGGGCAGAGUAUAAGAAUGUUUUGGGAGACUUGUUCGAGAUGGUUACAGCCUUUUCAAGGGAAGAUGCUAAUAAGAAGGUGUAUGUUCAAAAUCGAAUGGAAGAGUACAGUUCAAAGAUCAAUGAGUAUAUAAGUGAAGCUGGAUAUAUUUAUGUUUGUGGGGAUGCAUCGAGAAUGGCAAGAGAUGUUCAAAAUACGUUCAUUAAGAUUAUUAUAAAAGAAAGAAAGUUCAAUGAAGUCAUUGCAACUGAGAUGAUUAGAAAUUUUAAGACCAAUAACAAAUAUCAAGAAGAUGUCUGGUGA